AUGAAGCUGUUCCAGAUCUUCUGCCUCCACCAGGCCGAAGCCUAUGAACGGGACCGGGUGCAGAAGAAGACCUUCACAAAAUGGGUCAACAAGCAUCUCAUCAAGGUGAGGAAGCACAUCACAGACCUGUACGAGGACCUGAGGGAUGGACACAACCUGAUCUCCCUGCUGGAGGUCCUCUCUGGAGUCACCCUGCCCAGAGAAAAGGGGAGGAUGAGGUUCCACCGGCUGCAGAACGUCCAAAUCGCACUGGACUUCCUCAAACAGAGACAGGUCAAACUGGUGAACAUCAGGAACGAUGACAUCACAGACGGGAACCCAAAGCUGACGCUGGGCCUCAUCUGGACCAUCAUCCUCCACUUCCAG